AUGGAAAAAGACACCAAAGAAACCACCCCAGUCCCUGAACUGGGUAGCACUGAACGGAUCGAGAAUGCCCCUCGUCGUCGUUCCUCCGCCGUCGACCCCGACCACCUUGCCAAGGCAUUCGAGAACCCUCUCUCCAUCAGAACCAAGGAGGAGCUGAUGGCAGACGUGGAAGAGUUCUGCCGCAAGUUUGACCUCAUGGACUUUCACGAAGACUUUCGCAAGGGCGCACUCGUCGCACAGUCGCCUCGACAGGCGCAGUACAUGCCCGAGCUGUCUGCUGAAGACAAGGAGGUCCUCGAGCGAGAACAUACGCAUAGAUGGUCACAGCCUUUUGCCCUGUACUGGCUUUGUGUCAUGUGUUCUCUAGCUGCUGCAGUCCAGGGGAUGGAUGAGACUGUCAAUAAUGGUGCGCAGGCGCUAUACUUGUCAGAUCUCAAUGUAGCAGGGCCGGACGUGACGCGAUUCUCAGCUAGCAUGCAGGAUAACCUCACUGGACUCAUCGUCGGCGCUCCGUAUCUCUGCUGUGCCAUCAUUGGAUGCUGGUUGACCGAGCCUCUCAACCGCUACCUCGGCCGUCGAGGUACCAUCUUCAUCUCGUGCCUCAUCGCGGCCAUUGCUUCAGUCUGGGAGGGAGUCGCAAACUCGUGGGUGAAUCUUUUUAUCGCGAGGUUUGUUCUCGGCUUUGGCAUUGGUCCCAAGUCUUCAACUGUUCCUGUCUAUGCUGCCGAGUGUGCACCUGCCCCAAUCCGAGGAGCCUUGGUGAUGCAAUGGCAAAUGUGGACUGCUUUUGGUAUCAUGCUGGGUAACAUCAUGGGAGUCGCCUUUGGCCCUUCAACCGGCAUCGACCCCAACUUGGGCUGGCGUCUUAUGCUUGGGAGUACAGUUGUGCUCCCCUUGAUAGUCUGCGCGCAAGUUUACUAUUGCCCUGAAUCACCCAGAUGGUACAUCCAGCACAACAAAAUCUCCAAGGCGUUUCGGUCGUUUCAACGCCUCAGAUACACCAAUGUCCAGGCUGCGCGUGACACCUACUAUACAUAUGUCGGUGUAGAACUUGAGCGUGAGGCGAAUAAGGGCAAGAACCUAUUUACUCAGUUCAUCGAACUUUUUACUGUGCCGCGGAACAGACGCGCAACCUUGGCGACUUGGAUUGUCAUGUUUGGUCAACAGUUCUGCGGAGUGAACAUCAUUGCGUACUAUUCCACCACCAUCUUCAUCGAGUCAGGCUACUCGACCAACUCGGCUCUUUUGGCCUCGAUGGGAACGGGUAUCCUCAACUGGGUCUUCGCUCUUCCUGCUCUAUUUACGAUCGACAAAUGGGGCCGCAGGAACUUGCUGCUCUUCACAUUCCCUUGGCUCUCUGUGUUCCUCCUCUGGACCGGGCUCGCCUUUUAUGCCAGUAGCAACAAAGCCAAGGUCGGGCUAGUGACGACGGGGAUGUACCUCUUCGAGGUAUUCUACUCGCCUGGUGAAGGUCCCGUGCCCUUUACCUACUCGGCCGAGGCAUUCCCCGUUCAUGUACGAGAUGUGGGCAUGUCGUGGGCAACGGCGACAACCUGGUGCUUCAACUUUGUCAUCUCCAUGACAUGGCCGCAUCUGCGCUCCAGCUUCACGCCCACGGGUGCCUUUGGCUGGUACGCGGCGUGGUGUGCCGUUCUAUGGUUCCUGAUCCUGCUAUUCGUGCCCGAGACCAAGGCCCUGACGCUGGAGGAGCUCGACCAGGUGUUUGGUGUCAGCACGAGGAAGCAUGCCAGCUAUCAGAUCAAGAAUGCAGUGUGGCAUUUUAAGAAAUGGGUUCUGCGAAAGGACCUUGAGCCUCUGCCGUCGUUUUACACCGAGUCUGAGAAGUUGACUGAGGCUUAG